AGGUGCGGCCGUCUGCAUCGUCAUGUCUGCAGCCAAGGCCAGCAGCCUGGGACUCACUCCCUUGGCGACCAUCCGGUCCUUCGCGGCCGCAGGCGUGGACCCCAAGGUGAUGGGCCUGGGCCCUGUACCCGCCACCCAGAGGUGCCUUGCCAAGGCUGGGUGGACUGUUGCAGACCUCGACCUCGUGGAGGCCAACGAGGCCUUCGCCGCCCAGGCCCUGGGGGUGAACAGGACGUUGCAGAUUCCGCCUGAGAAGCUCAACGUGAACGGAGGGGCGAUCGCCAUCGGCCACCCUAUUGGCGCGUCGGGUUGCCGUAUCGUCGUGGACCUGCUGUACGAGAUGCGCCGCCGCAACGCCUCCCGCGGCCUCGCGACGCUGUGUAUCGGCGGAGGGCAGGGCGUGGCUAUGGCCUUCGAGCGCUCCCCGGGCAGCAGGCUGUAGGCAGCGUGGCAUGAAACUGGAGGUCGCCCUCUGUGCCUCCUCCCCCCCCCUCCCCGCUCUCGCUGCCCUCCUCCAGCUCCGCCCUCCCCCCCUGCCGCCGCUGGCGAACGCAAUGCGCGCGCCUUUUGAAGGUUCCCCCGCCCGCAGUUCCGGCGGCUCGCGUAGCUCCUCCGCUCCCUCGGCAGGCAUAGGCCGCCGGUGUGAUGCAGAAAUGGUUCUCGGCGGUGCCCUGCAUCUUCUCGUGCUCCGACACGCCGUCGCGAAUCAAAGCGAUGUGCGCGAGCGAGCGAGUGAGCGAGUGUAGCGAAGCGUGGGUCAAGCUGGUGCUGCGGGGCAUGCGUCUCACGCCAACGAUUUGUUCGCUGGGUCGACCGAUCCAGCUUGUCGGGUUUACCUCUUCUGCCGCGUAAUCCCUGCCUCCCUUCGCUCAGCUACGCACGCACAAAUUGGACACACAGCCGACGCGUGCACA